UCGUUCUGCUUUUCUCCUUCUGUUUUUUUCUCUCAUUUUCUCUUUCUGUUUAUCUGUAUGUAUAUAUAAUAGAAAUGAAGCCGCCUUAUGGGACCUCUCCCCGUGCUCUUCCGGUCUUGACUCAACGACGACUUAGUUGAAUCUUGGUGGGUUGGGGGGGGGGGGACUUAUUUAGUUUUGUUUUUGUUUUUGUUUUUACUCAGAUGAAAGCCAUAUACUUGAAAACUGUCUUUUUCUUUCGAAAAGUGAAAACAGUUUCUUAAUCUUUGAAGCCCAAACCAUCAUUCCCGGUGAAUUAUUGUAUCGAAGCCUGCUGUAAAACUGGGUUUUUCUAUUCGUUUUUAGCUGAAAACAAAGGAAUUAACAAGAGAAAAAAGGUUUGUUCGGGGGGUUUUGGAGUUAAUUAAAGCAUGGUAGAGCUCGAAAAUUCGUCGGCGAUGACUGUUUCUACAGCUUCUGGAGAAGCCACUGCAUCUUCUUUAGGUAAUCAGAUUCAAGACAAUCAACUCACGGGCGGAGGACCACCGAAGAAGAAAAGAAAUCUUCCAGGGAUGCCAGAUCCAGAUGCUGAGGUGAUAGCUUUAUCUCCCAAAACCCUACUGGCGACCAACCGGUUCGUUUGUGAGAUCUGCAACAAAGGCUUCCAACGUGAUCAAAACCUGCAACUCCACCGACGGGGCCAUAACUUACCAUGGAAGCUACGCCAAAGGACAAGCAAAGAAAUUCGAAAGCGAGUCUACGUGUGCCCCGAGCCGAGUUGCGUCCACCACAACCCUGCUAGAGCCCUCGGUGAUCUCACCGGCAUCAAGAAACACUUUUGCAGGAAACACGGGGAAAGGAAAUGGAAAUGCGAGCGGUGUUCUAAAAAGUACGCCGUUCAGUCCGAUUGGAAGGCCCACAUGAAGACUUGCGGCACCCGAGAAUAUAAAUGCGAUUGUGGCACCAUCUUUUCUAGGAGGGAUAGUUUUAUAACGCAUAGAGCUUUCUGCGAUGCGUUAGCUGAGGAAAGUGCGAGGACCCAAACACUAGGUGUUGCUAAUCCUGAAGGAAACAUUAACGUGAACGGAAAUGGAAGUGGUAACACCACUAUGGUUGGAGGAGGAGCUGCCGCAACAUCGCCACCACCUCAGCCUUUAACACCGUCUACCACUAGUGUAGUUUCACCAGGUUUAUCAAUUCAGAGUUCAGAAGUACCAGAAAAUCCAAUGGGACUUUCACCAGCAGCAGCUACUACAGCAACCGCCAAUGUUUUCGCUAGCAUAUUUGCACCCAACUCUCAACCAUCCAAAAUCUCAGCACCGUCGUCGUUCCUUCAGGCGACGACACCAUUGGAGCGCACAUCCCUCUCGCUUUCCUCUCCACUCUACCUAUCCAACAAUGGCUCCUCCAUCUUCACCAGACCUGAAAACGACCAUUGCCACUAUGCUCCAUCUCCCCAGCCAGCCAUGUCCGCUACUGCAUUGCUACAAAAAGCUGCCCAAAUGGGUGCCGCGGCUUCCAACCCUUCAUUGCUUCGAGGUCUAGGCUUGGCAGUAUCAUCAGCUUCCCCUGCUGGUCAAGAUCCUAACGUUAAGUCCGAGAGCAAUACAGCAACAGCCAGUCUCGGCCUUGGCUUCCCCUCAAACGGAAGUUCUGAGUUAACCAAUCCCAUGAUUGGCUCAUCCUCGCUGUUCGGAAACAAGCCUACAACGCUCGAUCUUCUUGGCCUUGGCAUGGCCGACGGCGGAGCUUCCUCAAGUGGACUAUCCGCGUUGCUCACUUCCUUUGGAGGUGGCUUCAAUGCAGGAGCGGCAACCGCCACAUCGUACGGAGCAGGAGGGAGUAAUAAUUCGCCUAUAGAAACCUGGGAAGGUGGAGCUGAAAGAAAACACAAUGGCCCAGCCAAUGCCAUGCUUUAGAGAAAAUGAGAUUAGGGUGCUUAGAACCCAAAGAAGGAGAUUACAAGUUAGAGUUGGACAUUAAUUUUGGGUUUCCUUUUGUUAGUACUUGCUUUUAAAGUAAAUUUCCUUUUGAGGUAAAACCUGGAAGAUAUGGGUGGGGGAAAAAGGUUGUACAGGAUCUCCUCUAGUUAGCAGCUAGCAAAUGUAGCACGAAAUAUGAUGCUACUAUAUACAGCCUUUUCUUUUUAUUUAUUUCUUGAUUGUUGGCUUCA